AUGGAGGCAGCUGCCACACUUUUCCUUGAUACAGACAACCAUGUCAAGAGUGACAUCGACUGGAAUAUAUGUAUUAUUUGUCAGAAAAGAAAGUUUCCCAAACAGAACUUUCCUCUUUCAAAAGGAACUAAUGCAGGUAUUUCUAGGGUUUUGCAUUGUGCUGGCAUAAGAGAACACGUUCAAGAUGAUACUUACAAGCGCUGUUCAGAAAUAGUUAAUUGCUUGGAGGAGAAAGGAAAUCAAGAUGCAUUUUGGCACAGACAAUGUUAUACUGAUUUCACAAUUAAGGGACAUGUUCAGCAUCUUCAGAAGCGCGUAUCUGAUAGCGAAAAAUCGGACGAAACGGUCCUGGAGGGCACCUUUUUAAGGAGAUCAUCUCUGGAACGAAUGGACUGGAGUAAGUGCAUCUUCUGUCAAACAGACCUAAAAAGGGUAGCUUUGAGCCAAGUUCAGACCUUCUGA